AUGACGUCGGUCAUAUUCGGAGCGGCCUGUUCAUCGAGCGCGGCGCUGUUCAUUAGAAAUAAGAAUGCCAAAGAUUACAGACAUCGAUAUCCAGAAGCCGCGCGGGCAAUAAAAAGCGCUGCAUUCUGCACUGAGGGGGAGCUGCACACGUUCACCGACGCCAGCGAGAAGGCCUACGCGUGUGCAGUCUAUUGGCGUCAGAAGACAGACGAGAGCACCUACCGCGUCACGCUUCUAGCAGGGAAAGCCAGGGUGACCCCACUGAGACCAGUCUCCAUCCCAAGGCUGGAGCUGCAAGCUGCGCUGCUGGGGACAAGGAUGGCGCAGGCGAUAGCGGACGAAUUGGACAUCGCAGUCGGUGUAAGGACGUACUGGACUGACUCCAGUACAGUCCUGACAUGGAUAAAGACCGACCUACGCACAUUCAAACCUUUCGUCGCGCACCGACUCGCCGAGAUAGAAGAGUCAACGAAGCCCCAAGAAUGGCGAUGGGUGCCUGGCUCGCAAAACCCAGCAGACGACGCAACUAGAGAGGCGCCGGCGGAUUUCGACCACACGCAUCGGUGGUUUAAUGGACCCGAGUUCCUGUCGUGGGAUGAAUCGCGCUGGCCCAAGCCGCGAACCUUCAAGCAAGAACCGUCUGGAGAAGAGAAAGAGGCCUACCUGGUCGCCACGGCGAGGACCGCUGACGCUCGACCCACGCCCGAUCCGCACAGAUUCUCGAGCUGGGUCAAGUUAUUGAGAGCAACAGCCAGGGUCCUCCAAUUUAUCGAGCUGUGUCGACCCCGGAAGGAGAGCGCCUGCGUGUCCAGACAAUCAAAGCAGCAAGAUCCCACGUGGAGGACGACACGAACGAAGCAACCCCGAUCCACAUGGAAGUUAAGGACCCCGGAAGCACCUACAGAAGCAUGGCUGCCGCUUGAUCCGCCCCACUUGAAGAAGGCGGAGAAGAUCCUACUGAGAAGCAGCCAAGGAGAGAGCUUCGGUGAAAAAGAUCCCGAACGUCACCCCAAGUUGCGACGGCUCGACGUCGUGAUGGAAGAUGGCUUGUUGCGCCUGCGCGGACGUAUCGACGCAGCGCAAUACAUAGAUGCAGGCUGCAAGCGACCGAUCGUGCUGGACGGGAAGCACGUGAUAGCGAGAUUAUUGAUCAAACACUAUCACGAGGCGUUCCAGCAUGGUAACCACGCAACGGUGAUGAACGAGGUGCGGCAGCGCUACUGGAUCCUAGGUCUAAGAUCGAUCAUUCGAGCGACGGCCGUCCGAUGCCAGUGGUGCAAGGUCUAUCGGAGUACACCACGACUACCGCCCACCGGAGACCUGCCGAUAGAGCGGCUACGACAUGGAGAGCCGCCGUUCACCUGUGCUGCCGUCGAUUACUUCGGGCCCAUGACGGUGACUGUAGGACGACGUCACGAGAAGAGGUGGGGUGUGCUGUUCACAUGCCUCACCACGAGAGCAGUCCACAUGGAGCUAGAAGCGUCACUGACGGCAGACUCAAUGCUGUUAGCGCUGCGCAGGAUGGCCGCCCGACGAGGAAUGCCCAAAGUCAUUUACAGCGACAAUGGGACUAACUUCGUCGGCGCUAACAAGGAGCUCAAGCAGGUAAUCGAGAAUGCAAGGGAAGCAGACGUCGUGUCACGGGCCGCUCAGAUGAACAUAAAAUGGAAGUUCAUCCCGCCAGGAGCGCCGAACAUGGGAGGCGCAUGGGAACGUUUGGUGCGGUCCGUGAAGACCGCGCUGGCGGUCACACUGAAGGAAAGACACCCGAGGGAAGAAGUUCUGCACACUCUUCUGUUGGAGGCGGAGCACGUCGUCAACUCGCGACCGCUCGUCGCCAGGGAAGAGAGGAGGUCCUGCGGAGCUCCGAGCAUCGGCGACUACAGAGACGAAGACCUGACCGGUAAAAGGACAUGGAGAGUGGCGCAGCGUAUGGCAGACCACUUCUGGAGUAGGUGGGUCAAGGAAUACCUGCCUACGCUGCUGCCCAGGAAGAUCGACGGGAGAGCAGCUGGCGAGGACUUGCAGUGUGGGGAUACCGUCCUCAUAGUGGACUCCACGCUGCCACGCAACACAUGGCCGCACGGGCAAGUUGUCCACACCUACCCAGGCCCCGACAACCGUGUACGAACCGUCGACGUCAGAACGAGCGGCGGUCUGCUUAAGAGACCUGCCUCCAAGAUGAUCCUGCUGGUGCCUGCAACGAGCGACGAGCCCCGCCCAUAG